CUGAAUUUCAUGAGUACAAUGUCCAAAGACGAAGUGACCUGCAAGAUUAGUGCAGUAUACAAACACAAGGAAAGGAGGCCAAAGAAGCCUCAUUAUAUUCCAAGACCAUGGGGAAAACCUUACAAUUACAAAUGUUUCCAGUGUCCAUUCACCUGCAUGGAAAAAUCACACCUUUACAACCACAUGAAGUACAGCUUGUGCAAGAACUCCCUUUCAUUGCUAAUUGAUUCUGACUGGCCUUACAAGAAGAGCAAUGUUCUUAAUUCUGAUCUGCGUUUACUACAAAAUGCUGCUGAACGCAUUCGAACAGAAAAGGCUAGUGAGGCGUUCGAAAGCAGUGACCCCAAUUCUGUUCCGGGAGAUACUUCCAGCAAAGUUUCCGACGGGUGGAAUGCCUCCAAUACCAGUAGAGAAUUAAGCCCAGACGUGACCAUUUUGGAGGGUUCCGAUAAACAGGCUCACUCUUUAAGAGACAGGGGAAAGCCAAGCUUUGCCAUUGAAGCAGAGGCAACAGAGCAAGUGCAGGAGUCCAGAUGUUCACCUGACACUGACAUGCAGCCUCCCCCAAGAAACAAAAUGGCUAAACUGAGCAAAAAAGCUGAAACUGAUUUCAUCAUAACUGAUGUCUUUGCCCUGAAGGAUUCAGUCACGAAGAAUAAGAUAAUACCAGCUGCAGGACUGGAGGCCAAACUGAAGCAGUACAGGCUUCCUAAGAACUAUGUGAGCAAUGAUGGUACUCUCAUGGAACAGUGGAGGCUGAUCACAUCUGGACAGCGAAGAAAUGCAGCUGAUGUUUCUCCACCAUCUGCCAAUACUAACGUGAUUCCAUGCUAUCCACCACCAUCCUACAGGGACUAUCAGGAGCCACAAGGGAUAAAUCUUUCAGUGCUUGGAGUUAAUUACCCAAUGAACCAAAACCUGUUCUCAUAUUUGAGUCCCGGGAUCACUCCAAAUGCAACAACCCCUGCCCAAGUGGCUCACCUGCCUUUCCUAGCCUCAUCUCCUCAGUUAGUCCAUCCUCACUCUGGGCAUUUACAAUCAACACAUCUUCCAGAAAGAUCUCCAGCCCCAUCAAGAUUCUUCUACCCACUUUUGUUCGAACACACAUUCAGUUCAUUAGGGAACAAGGUGACAACAGACAAAGAAAACCAGGAGCGAACAAAUUCCACAUCUCCGAGCAUUCUUCCAACUCAACCACGCGAUAUUCCCAAUAAAACCCUUUUGCGUAAGGUCCCUGCUCUGAGGCCUCAAACGAGCCACUGUUCUGGUCAACUGGAUGUGUUCUUAGCUGAUACCAAUCACAAGUCCCUUUUAUCACACGGUGAUCAAGAAAAAUGCUCAACAUCAUCUAUCGAAAAGACUGCAAUAUCUCACAAAAAUAACAUCAACUUCAAGUCACCAACCAAAACAUGUAAGGACUUGAGAGAUGUCCAAGAUGUGCUCUUUCCACCUCAGCUCCAAAAAGGGCCAAAGACAUGCAUGCAAAUUUCUUCAGGAGUCAGUGAACCUUUAAUAAACUUAGCAGAACAUAAGGCACAGUCAUCAGUAUUUUCACUGGACCCAAAAGCCAACUCAACCAGAUCAACACUACCAUUAGAUCCUCUUACAGCAGAGAAGUUAAAGCAAACAAACAGUGGUUUACAGCCUUGCGUUGAGAGUUUUUCAACUCAUCAAAAUGCUUUUCUCCAAUGGAACACAGAGACUAAUGGAAUGGCCAAAGAACGUCAUAGAGACAGUCCAGAGUUCAGGCAUCAAUCCCCAGCUGAACCUUCUCCGAAAAGUAACAGCCUGUGUAAAUCUAGGAGAAUGUCCCACUAUCUUCAGAAAGCCCAGGAGAAAGGUGACUCCGCAGUGCUGAUAGACGAUCUCUACAAGGUGAUGCAUGAAUACCAAGAUGUUGAAGAACAGCUUUGUUUUGUGGACAAUGAAGACACACCUGGGCAGAAACAACUCAGGGGCCAGCUCACAAAGAUUAGAAAGGAACUGCUGCAUAUCCGACAGGCACUAGAAGAGACUAACAAGCAGAGUGAAGGACCCCUGGACCUCUCUGUCAAAAAGUCCCUUGAUGGCCUUGUAAAGCACAGUUCGAGCAAUGAUGCCUCAGAAGAAGCAGUUGAAAAAUGUGUCAAUCAGAAAACAAGUUUUGAGGAAGUAAGGCUAAUGGGCAAUAAGUGUAAAGAAAGCAAAUUCACGGUUCAAGAAAGCUGUUUUGGAGACUCUGAAAACACCUCAUUGGAUUUGUGCAUCAAAAUACACAACUUUGAAAGACUGAAGACUUGUUCUGACGUCAACACAAGUACAAUCAGUAAGGCAGACCCAACUGAACCAAACAAUCCACAGCUGCUCAGGAGUGUUUCCACAGAGCGGACCUUUGUAAACAGAACAACAAAGUGUGAAGCAGACUCCAGUGUGCCUCUUAGGUCACUAUCGAGCCAUAGCCAGAACGAAGGCGAGAGAUUGUGCACCCUCAACCCUUUAGUGGCUGAGACGUUAGGAUUGGUAAAGCAGAGUAGGAUUAUUUGAAUCCAGCAAUGUGAGGAAGAAAGCACUGUGAAAUUUGGUGCAUAUGUAGACAUAUGAGAGCAAUUAUUGAGCAGCACUGGAACAGAUCCAUGCAAUAUCUGAACUGAAUUGCAAAUAUUGUUGAAAUUGGAAUUUUAUCGAAAAGAACAAAAUGGAAUCCCCUUUGAUAAUCA